AGCAGCACAGUCACGCCCAAAAGGUUUAGCCAGAUUGAUGCGUUCGUAUUUUGCACUGGGUGUAUGUGACCAAUAUAUCUGAUGCGUCUCGCAAUCUAACCUGCAGGUCCCACUUUUGAUAGGCAUAGUUCAAACUUUUGGUGUUGUUAUCAAUUGAAGGAUAAUCAGCUUGUGAACCAUCACCUUGUUCACUGCCUUCUUCCACUCUUAUACAUGGCUGUUUCUGCACUCAUUGAUUUCGUUACUAGUACUGUGGCAUCCCACUUAUGGAACCCUGUGAUUACACGUAUGAGAUACAUAAUACACAAGGAGGAAAAUAUUGGCAAGCUGGACAGAACUAUAAGGAAUCUAGAAGCCAGGAAGCAGGAAAUCCAAAUCCGUCUUAUGAACUCCGAAAGGAAGCAAGAAACAUGUAACCCUGAAGUUGCAGAAUGGCUAGAGAAAGUGGCAGAAAUAGAAAGUGAAGUGAAUGAGAUGAAACAUGGGCAGAGGAAGAGAAGGGCCCAGUCUUUCAGCUAUUGGUCAAAUUACGAAACUGGUAUGCAGGCUGCCAAGAAACUCAAGGAAGCUGAGAUGUUGCAUGAGAAGGGAUCCUUCAAACAGGUGUCAAUUGAGGUUCCACCAUGUUCCGUGCAAGAAAUGCCCACUGUACCUUCAACACAAGGAGCAGACUGUAACUUAAGCAGAGUCCUCCAGUACCUCAAAGAUGACAGAGUUGGAAUUGUAGGGGUAUGGGGAAUGGGAGGAGUUGGUAAGACCACUCUGCUCAGGAAAAUCAACAAUCACUUGUUGGGUGUGAUCGAAGAAGACUAUGGAUACGACCUUGUUAUAUAUGUUGUGGUGUCUAAGGCGUGUGGAAUAGGGCAGCUCCAAGCAGACAUCUCUGAAAAGAUUGGUCUCUUCCUGAAACCAGGCUCCAGCAUUGAAACACGGGCUUCAGUCAUGUUAAGUUUCAUAAGGCAGAAGAAGUUCUUGCUCCUGCUAGAUGAUUUAUGGAAUUAUUUGGAUCUAGCAGAAGCUGGUAUUCCAUAUCCUAGUGGCCUGAAUAAACAGAAGGUAGUUCUGGCAACACGGUAUGAGAGUGUUUGUGCAAAUAUGGAUGCUCACAACAGGGUUUUCCUGGAAUGCUUGGACCAAGAAAAAGCUUGGAAAUUGUUCAAAGAAAAAGCAACAGAAGAAACCAUUAAUUCAGAUCCUAGGAUCGAAAAGUUAGCACAUGUAGUUGCAGAAGAAUGUGGGGGCUUGCCCCUUGCUCUCAUAACUAUCGGCCGUGCAAUGUCUUCAAAGAAGUCUUAUCAUGAAUGGGCACUUGCUUUAUCAUUUCUGAAGAAGUCUCGCAUUCAUGAGAUCCCAAAUAUGGGGAAUGUUAGCCACCUAUACAAUAGGUUAAAGAUAAGUUAUGAUUAGCUGCAGGAUAAACAGAUCAAAGAAUGCUUCUUAUGUUGUUCUUUGUGGCCUGAAGAUUACUCAAUUUGGAAAGUUGAACUCAUAGACUGUUGGAUGGGGAUGGGUUUGAUAGAGUAUGAUACCAUGGAGGAAGGAUACAACAAGGGUUACUCCAUUAUUGAGUACUUGAAGGAUGUGUGCUUGCUGGAAACCGGCUACUUGGAUGAUAGUGAGGUGAGAGUACAUGACAUUAUCCGGGACAUGUCACUGUGGAUAUCUUCUGAUUGCAGUGAAGAGCACAUGAAAUGGUUUGUUCAAGCCGGGGUAGGACUUUAUAACAUUUCUAAUAGGGACAUCGAAACAUUUAGGUCAGGUAGAAAGAUAUCUCUAAUGUGCAAUUACAUCCCCGAACUUCCUCGGGCCUUGAACUGUCCAAACCUCUAGUUUCUGUCACUACAACAGAAUUUUCGGCUCAAGGUCAUACCACGUUCUUUUUUAGAGAGCAUAUCAUCUGUGACCUACUUGGAUUUGUCCUGGGUUCCCAUCAAGGAACUUCCAGAAGAAAUUGGCAUGCUGGUUGAACUCCAGUAUCUCACACUGAAGCAAACACACAUUAGAUUAUUGCCUAUAGCUAUUGGGCUAUUAAGAAAGUUGAAGUUCUUGGACAUGAGCUAUAUGGAUUUCUUGGAGAAGAUACCCUUUAGUGUUUUUACAAAUUUGUCAAUGCUAGAAGUUUUAAACCUAUAUGGUAGCAGGUAUGCCGGCCGCGAAGCAGAUUUUGAUUCAGCAAACCACAUGGAUUAUGAUGAGUUUAGAGUCGAAGAAUUAUCUUGCUUAAGUCUAGGAAUAACGGCAAAGAAAGUGAGUACUCUGCAGAGACUUUUUGACGUACCUGGAGUCCACUUGAGAUGCCUUGGUUUAUAUGAAUUGAAUGGAGAGAGAUCUCUUACUGUCACUUUAACGGAAAGUAUCUUUGUUCUGAAUGUAAUGGGCUGUUCUGAUUUAGAGGACUUCUGCAUUAUGAAAAAGACAAAAUGUUAUGGAGACCAUCUUUCGAGGCUGGAGUUCCUGACCUUUUGGGAUCUUCCUCGACUUGAGAAGAAUAGUAUGGACCAUCUUCAAAACCUUCGUGUCCUUACAGUGGGGAGAACCUAUCAAUUGGUAGACCUGUCCUGCAUUUUAAAUUUACCAUAUCUGGAGCAUUUGAAUGUGUCUUGCUGUGAUAAAAUGAAGCAGUUACUUGAUAUACAGAAUGCUAUUGUCACGGAAGGAACAUAUGAAACUCCGAUUCAGGCAUUUCGGCAACUGAGAAUUUUGCAAUUGAAUUCGUUGCAAAGCUUGAAUAGCUUAUGUAAUUCUGAAUUGGAUUUUCCUUCUUUGGAAUAUAUUGAUGUGUUUGCUUGCCCGAAGAUUAAGAAACUACCUUUGGGGAAAAUUGGUAAACUGAAGAGGAUAAGAGGGGAGCAAACAUGAUGGGAUAAUCUCGAGUGGGACGAUGAAAGCAGUUCCUUGUCAUUGUUGGCGUCUUUUAAGUCAUCAGGAAUUUGCUCGGCAUCCUUUAGGCCAGAGCUAGAUACCACUGUGAUAUCCUCCUCGCCGAAAGCUUUCUUCACGAAGAGGCAGCCCAUAUUGAAUUCAUCAGUACGAUUCACAUCCUAUCCACAAUCAAUAUUUGAAACAGAGGAAUUCGGUGGGCAUAUGAUGAUGGAAUAGUUUCACUAGUAUCAUUUACCAGUUCUCCUGAACAUCUCGCUGAGUUUCAUUAGCUGCUCAAGAUGGCAAGCUCUGUUUGACUGAAUCCAUCCAUCGUGAAUUUGUGAUUUUCCAUGGCCUCCUGGCCGAACCGAACAGGAGGAAGUUGGAUUGGACGGCCACCGCCAGAACCUGAGAAAGCGUAGAAGGAACGAAAGAUCCGCAACCGUUAGCCCGACUUGAAAUCGAUCAACGGACUGCUUGCCAUGCAUCAGGCACAAGAACAAGAUGAUGCUGGUGCCACCGGACUGGCUGUCUGACUCUGAAGAAACUGAAAAUGAUUGUGCGCCGGCGGAGAUGGGAACCUGAAGGGUGUCAUCGACUCAGGCUGAUUCACCCACCACUUCGGGGAAGCUGGCGGCGUCGUGCAGGCCCAGUCUGGCAGUGUGCUGUGCAGCUGCCGAUCCAGUAUAUGUUGUAACCGGACCAUUUUUACCGCUUGAUCAUCCAUCCAUGUCGUUGUUCAUCCUAGGACCCCAGCUUGCAUGCUGAAUUGUUUGCAUAUUACUAGUACUUAAUUACUCCCACUAUGCAGUAAGGGGUCAUUCCAUUCUGAUCACACAUGCCAUAGGAUCGGGCAGUUUUUCGGACUUUCUCUUGGUGCCGGUUCCAUAGGACCAAGGAAUAUAUUUUUUUCCCCUGUAAAAGAACAGCGACUGAAGUCUUGUUAAGCAGCAUCUUAAGCUCCCUGGACUUCUCCACAACCUUGAUGGAGCCGUGGUUUGUGCUGGAUUUCAAUAAAUCAUAUGCUUUACUUUCACCAUCUGACGAUUGAUGGUGAACACGGUCAAACGAUAACAAAACAGUUUUACUUUUAUUGUCUGUCGUGCUGUCAGCGAUGGAUUGGGUAUGCAUUGUGUGCUGGCUGUUCACCUUGCUUAAGCUGCGCACAAACAAGUCAGAGAAAUUCAACUGGCA